AUGACGGGCAAGCAGAGCCCCGUGCGCAUGUUGAUCAUGCUGCCCAUGAUCUUUGUCAUGGGCAAGAUCGACUUUGAGAACGAGGUGCUGCUGCUAGCGGCCCGCACGGCGUUCUUUGUGUGCCAAGCCACGGCGCUGCUCGUGGGCCUCUACCUCAAGCAGCUCAUUGCGCGCAAGCACGACACGCGCCGGAUCUUCGUGCCCGGCGUCAAGUCGCCGUUCGACCAGUCGCCCAACUACGACGAGCUCACCGAGUCGACGUACGAGGCCCACGAGCUCGCAAAGGCCAACGAGUUCCUCAAGCAGACGCUCAUUGGCGCGGGCAUCUCGUCGCUCGUGCACUUCAAGAUGGGCGUGAACCACGUGGUGCUGAUCCAGAGCAUCAUGAUGCCCCUCAACCUCUGGGACAACCCGCUCGUGCAGGCCUACCUCCUCGGCCGGCGCCACGGCCGCAUUUGGCACGAGCGGCUCGAGGGCGAGUCGGCCGCCGACGCCGAAGCAGCGGCAACGGCGGGCGAGACACCGACAGCCGCAGAAGCUGCAGCAGUGGACGACGCCGUCGAGCGGAAGACGCAGCAGCAGCGACAGCAGGUGGACGUGACACCGGAAGAAGCUGUUGCUGAAGCAUUGGCGGCGGGCGCCGACGCCGACUUUGACGCGCUCUGGACGGCGGUGCAGCACCAGGUGAACGCCAAGACGGACGAGGACCAGUGGACGGCGCUCAUGGUGGCGUGCGGCUCGCCCGUGGACACGGACGAGUUCAUCGCAAAGGUCGUGCGGGCUGGCGCGGACGUGCUGGCGGUGGACGGCGACGGCUGGACGGCGCUGCACUGGAGCGCGUUCCACGGACGCCCCGAGGCGGCCGAGGCGCUGCUGUCGAGCCUCUCGCCGGCGUUGUGUGCGGAGCUGCUGGCGGUCCAGGCGUCCGAUGGGCGGACGGCGGCGGAGGUGGCCAAGGGCGAAGAGAAUGCCGACGUGGUUGACGUUUUGACCCGGUUUAGCAAGAGAGAGGCGACAAGCGAACAAGAGACGUUGUCGUCGUCGUCGUCGCUGCGCCAGCGGAAGACCGGCGCGUCGGCUGUGGAAGACGUGGACUAG